CAGGUGCUGGACAGUCACAUCAGCCUCCGUCUCCCUCCGCCACCGCACCACAACAGCGAGAUCUGCUGCCUCUCACUGGAGGAGCACAAGCAUGUAGGUUUGUACGAGUUGAAAAGCAAGCAUCGCAUUUUAAUGCGGUAAAAAUGUUCACCAGCGUGCCUGAAAUUUAGCCGCCUCGGAGCUCUUUACCUUAAGGGCAAAUUGGAGUCUACCGUCUAACGGGAGAGGAAUUUUUUCAAUCCAAAUGAUGAACCUAGAAAUCAAGAACAUUUCCUUCACCUCAGCAUCUGUAUCCUGGUCCCAUGAUCCUUACAGCUGUCCUGAAAACUUGUACAGACUAAUGUACCGACCAAACUGGAACAGCAUAUUGUCAGGAUUCUCAAGGCAAAAUUUUCACAGGGAGGAAGCUGUACCACUGGGCCGCAGUUCUUUAAAGCUACAGAGGCUCACCCCAUCAACCAACUACAUUCUCUGCGUCACCUGCCAGGGAUCCCAGCCUUCCAGGGAUCAGUGUUCUAUUUUCCACACUCUGGCCAAGGAUGCCAUGGUGCUGAAUAGCAGAACAUUGGAUCUGGCUACAGUUGUGUGGCUGACAAGCAGCAUCCUCCUCAUGAUCACAGCAAUUGUGUUGCUCCAUGGUUGUUUUAAGCUGUGGUGCAGAAAAUGUAAACGGAAGCGUUACAGUUCUGCAGAAACAGUUCGCAUUCAAGGUGGGGGCAGUCAGGCUUGGAAUAUUGUAAAUGCUGAGACUGCACUUGGAGAUGACCAGAGCAGCCUACAGACUCUUUCUAUGUUGGAAAAAAAAGCAGAAGACAAGCCAGCUUAUUUAAGCGACAAUGGGAAAAGUGGAAUAAACAACCUGAGAACUUGCUACAGAACGAAAGAAAGAACAGUCAUCCUACCACAGAGUGUCCAUGAAUAGGAGGAUCUUUGGCUUUCCUGUAAAUGGGAAUGUUGGAUGGACGAUUAAUACUGUUUAAACAUGAAUAGUAUCAGUAAUGGAGUUCAUUCUUGACAUUGCUUUUUCAAAUGAUCAUAAAUGCUAGAGAUGAGGCCAUAAGUAAGAUAGUAAUUGAGAGUCUGUCAAGCUUGAAGGUAUGCUACCCUCAGACCAAUCUGAGGAUCUCAUCAAGGCUAAUCCUCAAGGUGAAUAAUGUGUUAUUUAACAUGACUUGCUAGUUUCUUCCAUACUUACACUGCUGUCUCUGUCAGAACCUGCCUCCUCAUUGCUCAUUUGAAAGCGCUUGCUACUGAUGGUAAGUGCCCUAUCUGUACUUUCAUCUUGCUAUUUUCUAAACGUGAUUGUGCAGUACAGGAUCACUGGAAACCGGAGACUGCCCCAACAACAAUAGCAAGUAGCAUUGAACCACAGAUGGCAUACUUCUUCGUCACAUACAAUUCUUAUCCUUUUUUUUAUUGUGGAACACAUUUUUCCCCUUAUAGGAGCUUGGGAAUGGGAAGUCUAACCAUUAACAGCAUGUGUAAAGCAGGAGGUAAUUUUUCAAGGCAUGCUAGUCCAUCAGAGGAUACAUUCACAUACAUUCUACAAUUUUAAAGUUGACAACCUAAUUACAAAUGUUGGGAGGUGGGAGGAAAACUGGUGUCCGCAGAGAAGCAUCCAAGCAGGCAAAAGGAGAAUGUGCAAACUCCACA